AUGAGCAAGGCAUGGGCGAAGCUAUGCCAGAAGAUGAUUUCAGACGUUAGCAAGAGCAUCGAAGACGACACCAUCGAAGGGACGGCUGUGCCUGUCAGUGGCGGCCGCUUGUUCCGGAGACAUCUGCUUCGUAGCUGUCAGGAAGUCUUCGAGCGACGAAGGAGCGAUGGACCAUGGGCUGAACCAGACAACGACCGUUACCAGGAUGCGCGAGCGGAAAACUAUAGAGCUUUCCAGAUGGGUCCGUUUAUUGGGUCGCUCUUCAGGCUUCGCAUUAUGCCUGGGUAUGUCAUGCAUAGUUGCAUCCGGCAGCUUCUACCAAUGGUCGAUGAUCAGUCCCAGAAAGGCAUCGAGUGCCUCUCUCAUCUACUAGUAGCAACGGGGGACAAGGCGUGCAUGCUCGAGGGAUGGAUGGAUCAACAGUUUAAAGAUGAAGUGACACGAUUAGGACAGAAAAGUCCACGGCAUAAUACGAGCGAUGAGACCCAGAGCACGCGAGAGGAUAUUUGUCCUGCAGCAGUGUAG